AUGUCUGGCCUAGCCGCCUUUGCCGCUGCAGUGGUCCGCCAGAUGCAGCGCCGUCUCCAGUUCCUCCACGCCUGCAUGAGCACCGUCCUGGAGGAGCUGGCCGACAUGGGAGACAUGCCUAGCGCCCAAGACCAGGGGGAGCAGGGGCAGCACUGGGAGGAUUGGGCGCAGUUGAUGUGCUACUUCAUCGGCCACCAGCAGGAGUGGCUCGUCGGCGCUGCUUGGCUUGCGUGGGCGCGCGCAUACCUCCAGAUACAGGCCUCUGGCCAGCAGCAAGCCGUGCAGAGAGGACGAUGA